UAAAAAGCCAAAUCCCGGAAGCACAAAGCCACACUAUUAUUGAAAUAUAGAAGCCUCUUUCCUUCUUCUUCUUUUUCUUCUUCCUUCAUAGCAAAAGCCAUGGCCACGAGACCCGAGAGUGAAAAAGACCCUCCACAACCACCUUCACGUGGCUUUCUGGCCACAGUACAAGAAAUCACAAGAAUCUAUAGUUCACUGCCACCUAGACCUUCUAUUGAAGAAGUAGAAGCUGCCACGUCCACUGUGGACACCCUCAACAACGAGGAGCAAAUCAAACUCAACGAAAUCUCAAUGCAACAACAACCUCCUCACGAUGAUGUCCCUCAAGACCUCUUCUCUGUCCUGCAACAACUCAAAAAGACUAUGGUUCUGUUCCACACUCAUCAACAGAGGAGAGAUGCGCUUUAUCUUCUUGAGCUUGAAAAUAUGUUUCAAACCUUCGGUGAUCUCAUUCAGAGGGCUUCUGAAUUAGUUUCUGGAGAUACCCAGAAGCAAAAACUUCCCACUAUACCCGAGGAACACGCGGUGAUCACUGAGGAAAGUGAAACUCUGGUGAAGGAAGAGGAAGGAAGACACAAGAAUGUUUUCCAUGUGGUAAAGCCUUCCUUGUCUGCAGGGGAUGGAAGCACUGAGAAAUUAAGUCUAAUGAAAGUGGCUACUGUUAUAGAAAGUUGUGCUGGUAGUGGAGCUACAAUCCUUGAGCUUAGAGGGAAAUUGGUGGAUCAGAUGGAGUGGUUGCCUGUGUCAAUUGGGAAAUUAUCUGAUGUCACUGAAAUGGACCUAUCUGAAAACAGACUCAUGGCUCUUCCAACAACCAUUGUGGGUCUUAAGGCCUUAACAAAGCUUGAUCUUCACUCAAACCAACUUAUAAACCUUCCUCACUCAUUUGGUGAAUUGAUAAACCUUGUUGAUCUCGACCUCCACGCCAACAAAUUGAAAUCACUUCCUGCUACUUUUGGAAACUUGACAAACCUCACUGAUCUUGAUUUGAGCUCAAAUGGGUUCACAGAUUUACCAGAGACAAUUGGGAAUUUGAGCAGCUUGAAGCGAUUGAAUGUUGAAACGAACGAGCUUGAGGAACUGCCUUACACAAUUGGCAAUUGCUCAUCACUAUCCGUGCUAAAGUUGGAUUUGAAUCAGCUCAAGGCCCUUCCUGAGGCAAUUGGGAAGCUUGAAUGCUUGGAGAUUCUCACUUUGCACUAUAAUAGAGUUAAGAGGUUGCCUUCCACAAUGGAUAAUCUAUGCAAUUUGAAGGAACUUGAUGUUAGCUUUAAUGAACUCGAGUUUGUACCGGAGAGCCUGUGUUUUGCAACUAAUUUGAAGAAAUUGAACUUGGGAAAGAACUUCGCGGACCUAAGAGCCUUGCCAGCAUCAAUUGGAAAUCUUGAAAUGCUUGAGGAGUUGGACAUAAGUGAUGAUCAAAUAAAAGCUCUACCAGAGUCUUUCAGGUUCUUGUCAAAGUUGAGAGUUUUUAGGGCUGAUGAGACCCCCCUUGAUUUGCCACCAAGAGAAUUGGUCAAGUUGGGUUCUCAGGAAGUUGUGCAGUAUAUGGCUGAUUUUGUCACCAAGAGGGAUGCAAAACUUGUGCCAUCAAAGAAGAAAAAGAAGGGGUUUUGGUUCUGGUUUUGCUCCAUAUUUUGCCCCCAACUGAAAUGAUGCUUGGACAAAAUCUCUGUUAACUUAUGUUUCUUGUGGUUGUAUGUCGUUUAUCCGUUGCAUAUGUUUGGAAAACCUUGUUUUUCCUAAUAAAAUGAUCUGUAAUCUUGGAUUUGCCUUGUAACUAGUGUUUAUAAUUUUAAUUUUCUGUUAAACAUGUGUAUAUGAGUGUUCGUAACAUAGACCUUCUGGCUGAUCUUGUCAACUGUAACUGAAAUGAAAUAUAUGGUAAUACAUACGCCGUUCUUGAUCACUUA